ACACACGAGUUCAUUACAGUAUAUGAGCUUACUUGAUCGCUUCAAGUCAGAGGCAGCAGCAAAAAAAGAAAAGGUGCCUCGGUGAUGGGCGGAAGAGUGAGGGGUUACCGACGACUAGCGAGAGAAGCCGACGAACGGUUCACACAUGGCGAGCAAUGAGGUUAACCUAGGCCUAGACAGCAUUUCAGUUGGACAACAUGAGCAACUUGAUGAUGCGCAACAUCUCACAUGUGUAAUGAUUGAUUUAUCUCGAGAGCGUCCCUCCGGUUUUUAUUCUUUCUCUUUCUGGUUAUGUGAACAGUGCCGAUUACUUUGUACAUAUAAACGCCGUCACUAUGUCCUCAUCACUUGAAUCUGCUGGCGGACUCGUGCGCCAGUUUUACCGGCUGGCACUGUCAUAUAUGCCUGAGCAGGCGCAGGCGAUACUGGAGCUGCCGCUGGUCAAAAAGACACUGCUGGUUGUCCUGGCUAUCGGUGUGCUGCGUCACAUCAAUCGCACUUUGAAUUACUGGUCCACAAACAACUGGCGGAGAGCGAAGCCCUUCCGGGCGCAUCGCGAGCUGGUUCUGAUUUCGGGAGGAUCCAGCGGUAUUGGAAAGGAGGUCGUGCUGGAUCUGGCUAAGAGAGGCAUCAGGGUCGUCAUUGCUGAUCUCGCGGAGCCGACAUUCACGCUACCCUCCAAUGUCUUCUUCUACCAGAUGGACGUGACGUCCCCGGGGAGCAUCAAGAAAGCUGCUGAGGAGAUCCGGGCUAAGCAUGGUGACCCUACGGUACUCAUCAACAACGCUGGCGUGGGCAACGAUGGCACUCUUCUCGAAGAGCCCGAGCACAAGAUUCGCCAGACCUUCGAGGUCAAUAUCAUUUCGCACUUCUGGAUGACCCGUGAAUUUCUGCCCGCGAUGAUCCGGGAGGACCACGGUCAUGUCAUCACAGUCGCCAGUAUGGCCAGUUUCCUUGGCCUGGCUGAGAUGCUGGACUACUGUGCCACCAAGGCUGGUGCCCUGGCUUUCCAUGAGGGAUUGGCACAGGAGCUGCGUUACUACUAUAAUGCGAAGCGGGUGCGGACAAGCGUCAUCCACCCUCUGUGGGUUCGCACGCCCAUGAUUGCCAUGUUGGAAGAGGCUGGCAAGCAGUUCAAGCAGCCCAUUAUGGACCCCGAAGUCGUCUCGACUGCGAUUGUCAAGCAGAUCAUCAACCAGACCGGCGGACAAGUCAUUCUUCCUAGCCAUGCAUCGAGUGCCAGCCGGUUACGCGCAUUCCCAGCUUGGCUUCAGGAUAUCAUCCGUGGGCAGGGUUCUGCUGCGUUCCUGGAUUUGCGGGAGUGGCAGAAGACAGUCGAGGUUUCGCCAGCUAAAUAAAUCAACGAAUGAUGACGGUAAUCGCGAUGAUGUGUCUGCAAUUUAUGGAGUAGGAAAAUGGGAUAAUAUUUAGGAAAUCUUUUGAUAAAAUCUUUUGGUGAAAUCUUGGAUGCAAUUGGAUGUUGUACUCUCCCCAAAGG